UUCCAUCGGUGGACCCGAGGCGCCAUCCGGUGGGCCGGUGACGGGGCAUUGGGGGCCCUCGCGUCACCGUCGCCCAAAAUUUCGCCAUGGGGGGCGUGGGUUUGCUGUGCAGCCUGCUGCUGAGCCUGCUCGCCUGCAGCCCGUGUCUUGUCCAGACCCAGUCGGAACCAGUCACGGCCCUCUUACCACCUGCUGUAAAGAAGGUGAACCUGACCGUCCUGUAUGAGCCAUACUCCAAGGAAAGCUCGUGGUUCAUCACCAAGCAGCUCGUGCCCAUGUACAGGCUUCUGCGCAAACACCUCGCCGUCGAUAUGGUGCCGUUCGGUGGCACGCACAUCAAGGAACCGCAGGGCGCCAACACGACCGUGUCCUUCACCUGCCGCCACGGGCAGGCCGAGUGCCAGGCGAGCAUGAUUCACGCGUGCGCCAUCGCCCUGUACCCGGACACGGACAAGCACUUGCCGUUCAUAUCGUGCACGCUGAUGUCGUGGAAGCCCGAGAAGAACGCGCAAAAGUGCGGCAUCGAGCACAAAUUGGAGAGCAGCAAGAUCGUCGGUUGCGCCUCGUCGGAGCAGGGCAGGCUUCUCCUGCAGAAGAUGGGCCGGCGCACGAUGUCCGUGCGGCCGCCCAUCAAUCGCGUGCCCAGCGUGGUCAUCGACGGCGGCUUCAACAAGCGCUACCAGAAGGAACUGCAGGAGAUCAUCAAGGCGACCGUCUGCAAGCACUUCAAGCCGCCCGUACCGGAGCCUUGCCUAGUCAAGAAACGUAGAGGCUGGUUCUGGUUUUGAACGCUUCUUGCUCCCCCUCCCCCCUACCACCCCUUCUACCGAAUCAACCACCAGGUUCUGCUUCACGCUUUAAAUUCCGAUACUGCCUGUGAACGGCAGCCGCAUUGUGAGAGAUGACACGCCCCUCCUUUCAACGUUGCCUUUAUCGCUAAAACUAAAUUAACAUAUGAAAACUGGACUCUAAAGACUGACUGAUUGUGUCCGGAAGGAAAUAUUCGACCCGUUGACCGCCUUUGAGAGUCAACACCAAGACCAGUGAACCGGCUAAAAUAUUUGGAUGUCCUGUCAAAAAGAUACCGUCUUCCGGUAAUGCUGGAAGCGAAGAGAAAGAAAUUCAGCGACGUGGAGGUGUUUUAAGCUAUGGGA